UUCAAAUGAAGAAAAAAUUGACUGCCACAAUUAUAUACGAGAACAAUUAAAAUUAAUUGGUAAAGAGUAUAGCAACAGUAAUGAUUUAACACAACAGCAAAAACGAAUAAAAACUGAGCAUUCAUUUAUUCUCGACGAGUUUAAAGAUAAUCCGGAUGUACUUGAUGCUGAUGAAGUUGAAGAUGAUGAUAAUUUUGAUACUAGAAGUAUUGAAUAUUCAUCACCAGUCAUUCAACCUGAUGAAUUGAUGCGGUAUUUGUCAAUGAAGAUUGACAUGAAAGAUUAUUCAAACAAUAUUCUUACGUUUUGGAAAUUAAAUGUUAAUGAAAUACCCAGUUUGGCGAGAAUAGCUCGCCGAAUUCAUUCAAUUCCAGCUACUAGUGCCAGUGUGGAACGUCAAUUUAGUAUAGCUGGUCUUACGUUGACUAACCGAAGAACCUGCUUAAAUCCAGAACAACUCGAUAAUAUUAUAUGUAUUCGAUCCAUGACAAAAAUAAAUAGUUAA